CUGGCAUCCAACUUUUCACCCAUUGCUAUCCAAUUCAGAAGUCACUAAUCUGGCGACACCAAAUUUGUAUCACAAGUCCGUGAGGAACGUUGCUUUCUUUGAUUAGCAGCAUUCGGUAUAAUUCAUUUCAAGAGAAAGCUGUUUAUUUCGAAUCAAGUUCAGGACAGCGGAGCAUAGAACAUUCAAUAUAAAUCAAUUAGUCAUGGUGACGCAAAAUAAUCAAGAAAUAGAGUCUAGCGAAGAGGUGCGCAGACGGUUAGUUCAACAGAAUGAUGCCAAAUACACAAUAAGGAACAAUAGACUGAAAGUGAUGGCUAUACUAUACGUGAUAAUAUUCUUUUCGAUAGCUGUUUUACAAGGUAUUGCAAUAGCGUUUUUCAAAAAUGGGUUCUUGCUAUCUAGACAAGUGCUGGAUAAUUUCUCUACAUUAGAAGAUCCAAUCUUUGUUGAUCAAAGUUUACAACUGAAGGCAUUUGAUAAAGCAGUGGUGGUGAUUAUUGAUGCAUUAAGAUUUGAUUUCACAAUACCCGAUGAAUCAAAUGAUGUUUACUACCAUAAUAACUUCCUUACUCCAUACAAACUGAGCUUGGAUCAUCCUGAAAAUUCUGUUUUACUAAAGUUCAUGGCAGAUCCACCAACAACUACAUUACAAAGGCUCAAAGGUUUAACAACUGGAUCUUUACCAACUUUUGUUGAUGCUGGUUCAAAUUUUGAUGGUGAUGUCAUAGAGGAGGAUAAUUUUAUUAAACAAUUUUAUCAACAUAAUAGAUCAACAACGUUUGUUGGUGAUGAUACCUGGCAAGCUGUUUUUGGUCCAUUUUUAAACGUUUCACAUCCUUAUGAUUCAUUGAAUGUUUGGGACUUACACACCGUGGAUAAUGGUGUUAUUGAGCAUAUGAUUCCUUUCUUGGAUAACCAAAAAACCGAAAAAUGGGAUCUAUUAGUUGGACAUUUACUUGGUGUGGAUCAUUGUGGUCAUAGAUAUGGUCCAGAUCAUUUUUCAAUGAAAGAUAAACAAAUACAAAUGGAUGCAUUUAUUAAAGACGUUAUCGAAAGAAUAGAUGAUAAAACGUUGUUAGUUGUUAUGGGUGAUCAUGGUAUGGAUCGUACUGGUAAUCAUGGUGGUGAUUCCAUUGACGAAUUAGAAGCUUCACUCUGGCUAUAUUCCAAAAAGAAGUCAUUCCAUGCCAUACCUGAUAGAUCGUUAUACGAUAUUUCCAACGGUGGCAAAAAUUAUAGAUCAGUGGACCAAAUUGAUUUAGUUCCUACACUUUCACUGCUAAUGGGGUUGCCUAUUCCAUAUAAUAAUUUGGGAAAACCAAUUGAAGAAGCUUUCAAGACAAGAGAUUCUUUUAAAUUGGCAAAUCCUGAUGAUACAUUUUAUGAAAAGGUUUUGGAAUACCAACAUGAUUCAUUAGAGAGAUGUAAAGAUCUCUGGGCAAGAUUUGACUUGUUGAGUAUCAGCAUUGGUAUUUUACUGUUGGCAUUUUCACUGGUUAUACUGAUCAUUUACUCAAAACUAAUCCCAUCUGUUGUCAUCACUCAAUUAACAGAAGAAAUUGUUCCUUCUAUCAUUGCGAUGGUGUCUAUUUUCAGUGUCAUCUUUGUGGCUAUCUCACUCAUUUUGAAGCCUUACUUUUUAAGUCUCACUUGGUUCACUCUGUUGGGAGUUGCGAUUGGUAUAAUUUUUGGUUUUUCAAUUCCAGUUUUUGAUCGUUACUCUUUGAAAUGGUUAUUCUUAUCAUUAUUGGAUAAAUUCAAUGGGUUAUGGUCACUUGUUGCCAUCACAUUUAUGGUGUUACAUGCUGCUCUCUUUGCUUCAAAUUCAUUCACGAUUUGGGAAGAUCGUAUUGUUGCAUAUCUACUGAUAUCAUUUGGGUUCUUGGCCACUUUGAAAUCACUUCAAGCUCAAAAGAAAGUUGAUCGUGUUAUGGGAGUUUACCAUUCACUAUUCUUCAUGAUCACCACAAGAUUAGUUUCUAUGAUUACAAUUUGUCGUGAAGAACAAGGUGAUCAAUGCGUUCCAACUUUUAAGAUGACAUGGAUGACAAUUGCGGGUUUGUUCCUUAUUGCAUUUUUUAUGCCUUCCAUUAUCAAAGCAUUCUUCAACAUUACUUCGUCAUAUCAAAGUGCUGCUCCAUUAUGGAAUAAUAUGCUUAGAAUCAUCCUUUGCAUGAAUGCUAUAUAUUGGGGGUUUGAGUAUCUGGAACAUAAUCAGUCAGAAAUCAACAUUUCAUUUGUCCGUAACAUGGACUUGAAAUCUUUACAUUAUGUUAAACUUACUGUUGCUAGAAUAAUAGCUGGUAUCACUUUAGUUGCAGCCAACAUUGGAUGGUCAAGAGGUCCAUUAUGCGUUAAAUUGGAUAUCAAGAACAAUGAAACUUCUUCAAGAGAAGCGUGUAUAUUGGGUUAUCAAAAUGUCUACGGAUCCCAGUACUUCUUGUUGAUAAUGAACUUUGCAGCUGCCAUUAUGUUAUUCACCAAACCAUUAGGACAAAUCUCCAUUUUCGUUCUGAUCUAUCAAAUCUUGUCAUUAUUCGAAUUAGUUGAUAUUCUAAACGUUAGAGCCAAUUUGAUUUCACCUGUUGUUUUGGGGUUAUUAGGAUUUUUACAUUUCUUCA